CGCCAUCCCCUCCAGAACCAUCCACUUGCUUGUACGGCCGUCAUCUCAGGACAGCGGAGAAAAGAAAGAAAACAAAGCUCGUGAUCUGAUCGAAGAAGUCGCCCCUCCAACACCCCUACAUCGACUUACAUGGCCUCGAACACCGGCAUCAAUUCGGCGCCCUACUUUGAGCUUUAUCGUCGAUCGAGUCUUGGACUGGCUCUCACCGACGCACUCGACGAGCUUAUCCAAAGCGGACACAUUAACCCUCAACUAGCUUUAACUGUGCUCAAGCAGUUCGAUAAAUCUGCCUCCCAAGUUCUUUCGACCCAACUACGUUCGAAAUGUACAGUAAAAGGGCAUCUAUCUACUUAUAGAUUAUGCGAUGAGGUAUGGACAUUUUUAUUGCAUGAUUCAACAUUCAAGCUAGAAGGAGGAGAUUCAGUUGGACCAGUCAAGAGGGUCAAGAUAGUGGCCUGCAAAGGAAACCCCAACGCAGGUCCCGCUCAAUCCCAAUAACUGCUUUCUAUCGAUUUCAACGUUGAUAUCUCCAUAUGACCGGAGGAAGCUUCAAGGAUGAAUCGCGCUUGUAGUGUUUGUCAAGGAUCUUGGUGUGCUUUCCUCCUGGAUUAUCUUACUAUUUUGUUGACUUUAGUCAGAGACAAUUCUCAGUAGGACAAAUAAAAACUCGAUCAAUACUCACGAGCAUGUAGUUAAAUCAAAUGGCUAGCUGUAUGUAUACAGGUUCUUUUCAAUACACGUAUCUCAACACAUGUUACAAUAUGUAAAUAGUUUUCCCUACGUGACUGCUGUGAUCAUUUCUAACUAAAUAAGUAAAUAUAUUACCUUAAUCCGACGGGGAUCCCUUCCGUUUCCUC